GCUCCUCCUUCGCUCCGCCCAAGGGGGCCUGCCUACCUUUAUGUCAGGAGGCUGCCGAGCCCUUUCCUUCCUCUCUGAGCAAGAUGGCUGGGGGUGAGGUUGGAGUGACUCUCGGGCAGCCACAUCUUUCCCGGCAGGAUCUCGCCACAUUGGACGUCACCAAGUUGACACCACUUUCCCAUGAAGUUAUCAGCAGGCAGGCUACAAUUAAUAUUGGUACAAUUGGUCAUGUAGCUCAUGGGAAGUCCACUGUGGUAAAGGCUAUUUCUGGAGUUCACACCGUCAGAUUCAAAAAUGAACUAGAAAGGAACAUUACCAUCAAGCUUGGAUAUGCUAAUGCUAAGAUUUAUAAGCUUGAUGACCCAAGUUGUCCUAGACCUGAGUGCUACAGGUCCUGUGGAAGCAGUACACCAGAUGAGUUUCCCACAGACAUUCCAGGGACCAAAGGGAACUUCAAAUUAGUCAGGCAUGUUUCCUUUGUUGACUGUCCUGGCCAUGACAUUUUGAUGGCUACGAUGCUGAACGGUGCAGCAGUGAUGGAUGCAGCUCUACUGUUGAUAGCUGGCAAUGAAUCAUGCCCUCAACCUCAGACUUCUGAACACCUGGCUGCCAUAGAAAUCAUGAAACUCAAGCAUAUUUUGAUCUUACAAAAUAAAAUUGAUCUGGUAAAAGAAAGUCAAGCUAAGGAACAAUAUGAGCAGAUUCUGGCAUUUGUACAAGGAACAGUAGCAGAAGGAGCGCCAAUUAUUCCAAUUUCUGCCCAGUUGAAAUACAAUAUUGAAGUUGUCUGUGAGUACAUAGUGAAGAAAAUACCAGUGCCCCCAAGAGACUUUACUUCUGAACCCCGUCUCAUUGUUAUCAGGUCAUUUGAUGUCAACAAACCUGGCUGUGAAGUUGAUGACCUUAAGGGAGGUGUAGCUGGUGGUAGUAUUCUCAAAGGAGUGUUGAAGGUAGGCCAGGAGAUAGAAGUGAGACCUGGUAUUGUUUCCAAAGAUAGUGAAGGAAAACUCAUGUGUAAACCAAUCUUUUCCAAAAUUGUAUCACUUUUUGCGGAGCAUAAUGACCUUCAGUAUGCCGCCCCAGGUGGUCUCAUUGGAGUUGGAACAAAGAUCGACCCCACUUUGUGCAGAGCUGACAGAAUGGUGGGACAAGUGCUUGGUGCAGUUGGAGCUUUACCUGAAAUAUUCACAGAACUGGAAAUUUCCUAUUUCCUGCUCAGACGUCUUCUCGGCGUCCGAACUGAAGGAGACAAGAAGGCAGCAAAGGUCCAAAAGUUGUCUAAGAAUGAAGUGCUUAUGGUCAACAUAGGAUCCCUGUCAACAGGAGGAAGAGUUAGUGCUGUCAAGGCUGAUUUGGGCAAGAUUGUUUUGACUAAUCCUGUGUGUACAGAAGUAGGAGAAAAAAUUGCCCUUAGCCGAAGAGUUGAGAAACACUGGCGUUUAAUUGGUUGGGGUCAAAUAAGAAGAGGAGUAACCAUUAAGCCGACUGUAGAUGAUGAUUGAAGAAUUCAAGUUAAACAAUGCCUUGGGAUGGAGUUGGAAUUUCUUUUAAUAACCUAGGGGUAUAUUUUCAAGGCUAUACUAGGAAAUUAAUUUCGUAGUUCAUUGUGUUAGUAGCUACAAGAAUAUUCUCAUAUCUUGGUGAUGAAAAUUUAACCUACUUCUAAUAUAAGGCCUACAGGUAAAUAUGAAAAGUGGUAUACUAUAUACUAUUGGAUUAAAUCUACAUUUUAGCAGAAGUUAGGCAUUCCAGAAUAAUGCCUAAUUUAUCAAUCAGUGCAAAUUUGAAGUGAAACUUCACUACAACCAGCCUUUGCUAUAGCAUACAUAUCAUGAACCCCUCUAAAAUGAAAAUGGUCUCUUCUCUCAUGAUCCAUCUGUGAGUAGCUCCAUGAUGAAGGACAGUUGACCUAAAAAAACUAAAGACUCACACUUUCCUUGACGACCCACUCUCUAUUUGUCCUCCUAUUUGUUCAGUUACCUGAAAUUGAAGGGAAAGGAUCAAUGAGCUCAAAUGAGCAAGGCUCUUAGAAAUUGAGUGCUCAUUCCCUUGCCACAGGCGGACUUUCCUCUCGUCCUUUUCCUGGAUGGGACCAUAGAAACCCAGCCCCAGAGGCUCUCAUCCUCUUCUAGUGCCCUGAGACUAUGUCUUUAUUAUUUAUGCCUAAAAUCUCAGUCUUCCCUCGAUGGAAAUAGUAUUAUAAGAAUGGAUUCUUAACGAUAAUUGACAACGUUCUGUCCGGGCUGUGUUUUCUGGGGUCUUUGUAAGCUAUGGAUGGAACAGAGUCUCCUGCGUGAUGAACAAGCACUCUACCGCCAGCUCUCCUGCGCCAGCUGUAGUAGUUCUCCCUAGUUGGUAGGAUUGUGGUGUGAAUUGUACUUAGUAAUCUUUGAAACUUGGAAGAGAUAGAAAGUCUUCAAAAGCAGAGUGUGUUGGUUCCUAAGUCUAUCCCCCACAUGCCUGCAAUUUCCCUGUGCUGUACUUUUCAAUUAAUCAUGUUUUUGCAUAAUUAGAUACUCCGCUAAAGCAGUGAUUACAGUUCUCAAUGGCAUGAGAAUUGCUGGGAAAGUUUUUUCUUUCUUUCUUUUUUUUUUUAAGGCCAGGUGAUGGUGAUGCGGACGUAGGGAGACAGAGGCAGGAGGCUCUCUUGAGUUCAAAGUCACCCUGGUCUUUAGAGCUAGGUUUACAUAAGGACACCCUGUCUCAAAAAAAAGGGUGGGGAGCAACCCCCAGUGUUGAGAAAGUUUAGGGAGUUGAAAAAUAUACAUACUAAAUAAUGAUGUCACUGAUUUUCGUAGUUUGAUAAUGUUUCAUUUGCUUUUCUUUGAUUUGCAUAAAAUGGAAUUUAAUGCCGCAGUUACUGUGUUAUCAUCUUUUGGAUUCUGAAGCCGCCUUAUAGGGGUUUAGAACUGUGGCUGUGAGUUUUUAAGAAUUUUGAGGAAACUACUGACAUUAUGUAUUUGAUUGACUCUGAAGGGUUGUGUUGUAGCAUGAAGAACACAUUUAAAUAAAACAAGGUUCUGAAUCGA